CGUUCUUGCCGGCGAGAGCCCUGCUCCCAUGCGAUUCGACUUGCCAGGGUCGCACGUUGUUCAGCCGCGCACUCGUGACGGAGCGCGAGGAGGUUGAAGCGUCGAGCCCUUUGUGCGACCAACACAGUAGAUUCUGAUACGCCUCGUGAAGACCUCAGUAUUUAAAGCUUUGCCACUUCAAGCCAAGCGAUCGAGCCCUUGAUGAGGUGUCGUGGCCAGCACACUGCGUUCUGCGGUCACUGCAGGUACCGACCGAGUUGGUGCUUCUUCUGACAAGUCAUUCGGCUGACGCACCAGUUGUCGACGGCUCUGAAGCCUCCAGUCUCGCCGUCGCAUGUGCCUCGUCGAGGAAAUGCCUGAACGGUCUCGGUGCUUUUUCUACGUUGCACAAUCUUAUUGCUUGCAUAUUGGAUAUCUACGCAUCUUAUUGCUUGUGCAAUGUGAGAAACGAGCGAAACGUCCGAGAGGACACAGCAUGUACUUUGUCGACGCCCGCAGCGAGGCCGACGACGUUAACGCCAACGACCGGCGGCGACCGAUCGCUGCGAAGCGUCAGCGCCGAGAGGCGCCGCGUGGCCUCGUGCCAGGGCAGCUUCGGAGCCUCGAGCCGGCCGCGCGCCGUCUGCCCAAACCGCAAGCGGUCAUUCGACACGAGCCGAUCGACUACCUCGCGCUGCGACGAACAAGUUCGAGCACACAAGCGCUCUUGCGCAACCGCGAGCUGGUGCGCGAGAUCCUCGCCCCGGCCUCGCCCGAGAAGAAGCCAAUCGUCGCUCCACCCUCGAUCCACGACCGCGUUGCCGCCUUGGCCGCCGCAUCUUUCCAUAUGCAAGACGCCGUGGCACCUGUCGUCUACGCCCCCGACGACGAUCCGACGACCGUCUCCUUGCGCGAUGCCCAGGUCGCCCGCGCCACAAAGGCCCUCGCGGCUCUGCGUGUCGAGCGUGCGCAGCUCACUGCGGCGUGCGAGAGCGAUACGCAGCAGAUUCAAAGCGUCCUCAACGACGUCCGCGCCAACAUCUCGAGCAUGUACAUGUUUACACCCACCUUUCGCAUUUGGACGCGCACCAAGACACAGUCGGCGCUCGAGCGCUGGGUCACGUACACGGCGUGGCGCCGGGCCGAGGCCGCGCAGCUACAGCAGCUCACGCACUUUGCCGUACCGAUCCAACGCGCGUUUCGUGCGCGGCGGCAGGCACUACAAGGCCGCGUCGACCGCCGCGCGCUCCGCGCUGCCCAGUGGUGGGCCGCCGUGACGAUCCAGGCGUGGCUGCGACGACACAUUGCGCGGACUGAGGUCCAGCGUCGACGCGAAUCGCAGGUUGCUGUCGCGUUGCAGGCGGGGUGGCGCGGCCGCGACGGUCGACGGCGUGUGCGGCACCUUUUGCGCGACAAACUGCGCGCGCUCUUGCGGCACUUGUCGCCGCUGGGCACGCUGCAUCGCUUGGCCUACAUUUAUCACGGCAACAUGCGCGGUGCCGUCGCUCGGCUUCUCUCGUUGGCUGAAGACACACGCGUUGAUAUGGACCCGAUGCUGGCGACGACGCCGCUGGCACCAGUAACCAUUCGCCGCUUGCACGAUGCCGUGUACGAGCUCCAAGCCCUUGUCGUGAGCCGCCAAGCCGAGAUUGCGCAAGCCCAGCGCCACUACGCUCUCCAGCGCGCACUGCGUCUCACGCGCGUGCGCGCGGACGACGCGGCGCACAAGUCGACGCUGCUGGCCGAGGCCAUGGCCCGUCAUUUUCGAGCGAACGAGCGCCUCCUCAUGUACAAGGAGGAGAUGGACGCCAAGGAACGUCGGCGCGCCGAGCAGCAUGCGGCGGGGACCGCCCUCUACCGCCAAAUUUUGCUCGAGCGCCGCGAAGAAGACGAGAGCUGCCUUGCCAUGCACAUCCAGGAGAUGGAAACGCGCCACUACAUUGCAGAAGACCGCUGGCGGUCGGCCGACAAACGUCGUCGCCUCGGCGAACUCGACAAGGUGGAGGCGUGGCAGCGCGCGCAGGACGAUGCCGCCGCUGCGCGCACCAAAGUGCUCGCGAACGAACUCGUGGCGCAUCAAGCCACGGUGCACGCGGCUGCUACGCACGAACGCAUCGAGCGUGACCAAGCAUGGCUUGCCAAAUCCAAGGACGAUGCGGUGAUCCAGCAGGCUCGGAUGGCGGCGCGAGAGGCGGCCAGAGCUGCGGAAAAGGCACAGCGCAAAGCGCGCAAGCUGCAAGCAAUCCAAGCACAGCAGCAGCGAGCCCGCGAGUUGGCCGCGGCCAGGGCCAUCAAGCACCAGGAGCUGGCCGCCGAAGAGGCGGCGCGAGACCGCAUGCUUGCCGAAGACAUGUGCAUGCGUCGACUGAUCACCGAGCAGAAAAAACAGCUCGAAGCCCAGCUCUGGGCGGCCCAGCGCGCAGCUGCGCAGCGAGCCAAGCCAGAUCCGCUCGCCCUCGACCCCGCGGUCUUGCCGCUGCGACAGACAAUCGAGCGAGAGCGCCGCGCUCGGCUCGCAAUGGACGCAGAAGAAGCUGCGAUGCGUCGUGUGAUGCACGCCGACGCCAAGGCGGCGUAUCUAGCGGCCGCGCGGCUUCGCAAGCGACAGCUGGACGCGGACGCGCGCGCCGAAGCGAAAGAGCUCAUGGCCAUGGCCGACGAAGAAGCGCUCGAGCAGCGACGGCUCGCUGCCGUGCGCAAGGCCGACGAAUAUGCAGCGACGCUGCGGGCGAUGCAAGCGGCCGACGAAGCGUACAACAAGAAGCUCGCGGACCGCCUCUUUGAAGCCCGGUCGCGCAAGCUCAUGCACAACGAGGAGAUGCGUCUUCGGCGCCUGCUCCGUGAACUGCGCAUCCGAGAAGAGUACCACGAGCGCAAAGAGCGUCGCAAGAUGCAGGCGGAAGAGGCACAUAUGCGCCAGCACGUCGCCGACGUCGAGAAGCGCCGGCUCAAGCGGCUUGAAUGGACGCGGCGGGCCGAGAUGUGCGUCGAAGACAUUCGUAGUCACCAAGUGCGCGACCUCGAAGCGUGGGGGUUGCAAAUCGGGCUUGCGUUCUGGCGACCACUCGAAGAAAAGACGCUGCAGGCCUACGUCAUCGCGUACCCGACGCUCCUGCGCUGGAACAUUCAGUUUAUCCACUUGGUGACGGGUGUUCGCGGGGACCCCCCGUGGAAAAAAGUGACGUGGACGCCGUUGGUCGCGCCGGAAGCGGUGCAUGCUUCUUUAACCCACGCGCAAGAGCGUUGGCAGCGUCUUCGACAAUCGUACCUGCCACGAAUCGAGGCCGCACGCCUCGCCACGCAAGGCUACGUGUGCCUCAGUGCCGGCGACCUUGACAAAGCGCAAAGUAAACUCCGGGCAGCGUACGAGGCUGGCUACAAGGGCGCGCAGGUAGUGCGUGCGAUCGCCAAGUGCUACGUGCAGCUCUACGAGCGCCAUUGCCGCGACCAUGACAUCCGCAUGGGCCGCGUGUGGUACACGCAGGCCAGCAAGCACGUUGAGCUUUCCAUGUCGCCUUCGUUUCUCGUCGAAUAUGCUCAAGCUCUCUAUCUCGCUGGGGCCCUUCAACAUGCCGCCGAGGUCCUCGCGACGGUCAUUUCCGGCUUUCCGACCUUCGAGCAGCUCCCCCGUGUCAUCUUUCGUGCGGCAAUGCUCUUGUGGUCGCUCGAGCUCUACGACCAGAGCAAGGACUACCUCGUGUACCUCCUCGAGGCGCCGCCGCCGCCGUGGACCGACGCCGAGCUCCUCUUUCUCAUUGGCCGCCUCUACACGCUCGAGAACGACCCGCGCCAAGCGGCGUUGGCGUUUGACGAUGCGUACCGCCGCUGGAAAGUGCAGUGGGCCUUCUCCGGUCGCCAGCUGCAGUUUGGAUCGACCAAAGUGUGGCUCACGCACGCUACUGUGUGGCGCGACCUCGCUUCGAAAGCGCUUCGCCACCGCGAAUAUGUGCUCGCAAAAGACUUGUUUCAGCAAACCAUCAAGCGCCGUGUGCGCGAAGCGCAACAGGGCGACGAAGACGCGAGUACGACCAGUGACGUCGAUGCGUGGUCGCUCGAUUGGUUCCACCUCGCGCAGAGCCACACGGGGCUCUGCGACAAGGCCAGUGCCGCGACCGCCGUCAAGCACUGGCUCACGCAACACCCGUACAUGGACCAGCUCCUGACCAAGUGCCAAGCGUGGUCGGCCUCCCAUUGGGCGCACAUUGGACUCGCGCUGCGCGACGACUACCGCCACGUGCACGCCGUCACAGACGUGACGCGAUCUGAGAACGUCAUCACCAAAGUGCCGCUGCACGAGAAGCGGCUCAAGCAAUUGUGGCAGCGACACAAAAAGGUCCAGCAGCCCAAGAAGGCCAAGCGGACGACCGCCGAGUUGCGCGAGUGGCGCGCGGUGACCGACCCCAACACCCACCGCACGUUUUACGUGCACGCGACGACGUUGGCGAUCUCAUGGGACAAGCCAAUCUAGUUCUUAUUGCUGCUGCUUAGUCAAAGACCUUGGUCGC